CAGUCGGCAGCGCAGUGCGGCCCGCGCGGAACACCAUGUCGCCGGAGACUGUCCGCCCGCGGCUGCUGGUGGCGGUGCUGGCGCUGGUGCUGAUGCUGCAGGACGGCCGGUGCGCCGUGGAGUCCCACUCGGCUGCCGGGCUGCACCGGUCCGGCCUGCUGCCGCUGACCCCGCUGCAGACAGUGCCGGCCGGACCGACGCUGGCGCGGCGCGCCCACUGCCUGGCCCGGUGUGUGCGCCGGGCCGACUGUGUCAGCUUCAACUACGGCCAGCUGCCCGACGGCACCGCCGGCUGCCAGCUGCUUGGAAAGGCGCUCUGUCAGGCCGGCGGCGGAUUCAGCGAGCUCCAGAGGGACGCCGGCGUCAACUACUUUGAUGUGUACCGCGGCUCGACGGUGGGCGCGGCUGAGAUGGCCCAGGCGGCCCUGUGGACAGAGUGUGAGACGACGGGACGCUGUGCGGUACCGCUUUGUCAGCCCGUGGCCGGCGACUACUGCACCAGUAGUGCCGUGUGCGCCGCGUCCAUCACCAACGCACAGUGCACCAGCAGUACGUGCCAGUGCACCAGCGACCACUGGCUCAACAGUCCGACAGAGUGUCUACCGGGCGUGGCGAUCGGCGCCGCCUGCACCCAGCUCAUCGAGUGCCAGACAAUUACCUCCGGCUCCGAGUGCAGCUCCGGCGGUCUGUGCGCCUGUCCGGCCGGCACGUGGCACAAUCCGGAUGGCAGCUGUCUGCCAGUGAAGGCGCUGGGCGAGGCGUGCAGCGUGGACCCCGAGUGCGGGGACGAGACCACCACGUACUGUUCGUCGGCCGUGUGCACGUGCCGGGCCAACUACGUGGCCGUGAACGGCGUGUGCGAGCCGGGGAAGGCCAUGGGAGCGGCCUGCACCAUCAGCGCAGAGUGCACGAUGGUGACAGCCAACACCGCCUGCACCAGUGGAGUGUGCGCCUGUGCAUCGGGCUAUUGGAACAACGGUGGCACCUGCCGACAAUCGGUGCCGUUCGGAGGGGCGUGCACCUACCAGGAGGACUGCUCUUCGUACAACUCCAAGUUCAUCUGUAGCGGCGGCACGUGCGGCGACUUUGGCUGCACUCCGGUCAUAGUGAGCGGCUACGAGUACCGGCUGGCCGGCGGCGACUCGUCCUGUCUAUCCGGCCGUGUUGAGGUGCGUCCACAAGGCGCCGCCACCUGGGGCCAGGUCUGUGACGACGGCUGGGGCACCGAAGACGCCACCGUCUUCUGCCGCUCCAUCGGCCGCACGGGCGGAACCGCCACCUGCUGCUCACCCCACUGGUAUGCCACGGGCGCAGUGUUCCACAUGGACGACCUGGCCUGCGCCGGCACAGAAAGCCACCUACUGGCGUGCCCCUACAGCGGCUGGAAUGUAGAGAACUGUGGCGACGGUGAGGUAGCCUCGGCAACCUGUACAUAGGCGACCAGGCGGUAGGUAACGAUGAUCACUCGUUGCAAGACUGCCGCCACAUAAACAGUCUGGAGCUACGCUCUCUGGAGCUACACUCACGUCAGCGGAAAGACCCGAGCGAGCUCAUAACCGUGAUACCUACCUACAAGACAAGAAGAUUUGACAUAGUGGGUAACUGAAGACAUUCCUGUUAAAUUAAAUCAAACUACAUCGGUCCGGGUUCAAUCAUUGCUUUUCGCAACGGGCGUGAAUGACAAAGAACGGAAGAUGGACUCCACAAAAGUAACAAACAACAUAUAAAGAUUAAAGACCCUCGAUAAAGCCCAUAAAAUCAGCUGUUACGAGAGAAGGACAAUAUUCUUCUGUUGCUAGGUCGUUAGGUAUGAUGGGUAAAAUGCUGAAUUUACCCGAAGUCUUGCUUUUUUCGGUUGGUGUGUUUUGACGCACUGAACAAUAAACAAUGAACAACGAACACUUUGAAGACACUAUUGCCCUUUUUAAAAAUAAUUCCGUCAUAUAUGCAUGGUCGUAGAAUAAAUGUUGCAAUAUCAU